AUGCCCACCUCAUCCUUGGCCGUGAAACGACGGUCCGUACGCAACGCCCCCUUCUUCCAGCUCGCCCUGACCUCGCUCCUCGCCGCCUUCGCCGCCCUCACCUGGCACCUGUACACCACGCAGUACCACCACCUCCGCCCUUCCUCCUCCACCAUGACGUCGUCCUCGUCGCACACCGGUAGCCAGCCGACCGUCCAACCCGCCGCCGCCGCCCAGGACACCAACCUCCCGACCUCCUCCGCCGUGCACCUCGCCAUCAACACCACCACCGCCGCCGCCGCCACCGCCACCCUCCCCCUCCGCCUCAUCACCUACAACGUGCGGUACGCCAACUCCCACCCCGUCCGCGGCGAGCAGCCCUGGUCCGUCCGCGGGCCCAAGCUCGCCACCCAGCUGCGCUUCCUCACCGAAGGCCACGCCUCCGCCUUCCUCUGCCUGCAGGAGUGCCUGCACGCGCAGGUCCUCGACCUCGCCGCGCGCCUCGGCCCGUCCUGGGCGCACGUCGGCCGCGGCCGCGACGCCCACCCGUCCGCCGGCGAGUUCUCGCCCAUCUUCUACCGCGCCGACGCGUGGGCCUGCGCGCGCAGCGAGACGCGCUGGCUGAGCCCGACCCCGCGCUUCGCGCACCGCGAGACGGGCACACGCGUGGUGGUAAUGAGCACGCACUUUGACCACCGCGGGGUGAGGGCGCGCGAGGAGAGCGCGCGCCUGCUGCUGGAGAUUGCGCGGGAGUGGGGGAGCCGUGGUGGUGACGGGGGGCAGGCGCCGGCGGCGGUGCUGCUCGGCGGCGACUUUAAUAGUCAGCCGGACGACCGGGCGUACCGCGUCAUGGUCGCGGAGGGCUCCGGCAUGAGCGACGUGGCGGACCUGGUGCCACCCGAGGACCGCUACGGAAAUGAGUUGACGUACACGAGCUUUGGAGAGGCCGGCCCCGGGGAGGUGCCGCAGCGUAUCGACUUUCUCUUCAUCCAGGAGCCGCACGCCGCCGUGAUCAAGUCCUUCGGCGUCUUGGAAAACAUGUUUGACGACGGUGUGCGCAUCUCGGACCACCGACCGGUGGUGGCGGACAUGAAUAUACCGAUUUAG